AUGCAGCUUCUGGACAAAUUGAUGGCCUUCUCUAAACCUCAGAACCUGGCUCUAAAUGAAAUAAGUGAGGUUCUGGGGACAAAUGUGUCUUGGCAGCAAGAAACCAUUCCCAUGAUGAAGACUUAUGACUCUGAAGCAUCUCGUCAAAAGUUCAGACAUUUCCAGUAUUCGGAAGUGUCUGGGCCCUAUAAAGCCCUGAGCCACCUCUGGGAGCUCUGUCUUCAGUGGCUAAGACCAGAGAUUCAUACAAAGAAACAGAUCCUAGAACUGUUGGUGCUAGAACAAUUCCUGGCAGUCCUCCCUGAAGAAGUCAGGUUUUGGGUGAAUUUACAACAUCCAAAGAACAGCAAAGAAGUGGUGAGCCUCAUAGAAGAUGUGAUUGAAAUGCUUAAAGAUGAAGAUGCACUCUGCAAGGACUCUGUCCUCCAAAACAGGAGUGUACAGGAGGAGAAACAGGGAGCCGACUCACUCCAGGAACCAGUGACAUUCAAAGAUGUGAUUGUGGAGUUCAGCGAAGAAGAGUGGGGGCAUCUAGACCCUGCUGUAAAGAAAAUGUACAGGGAUGUGAUGCUGGAGAACUAUAAGAACCUGAAUUCAUUGCAUAAAGCGCAUCUACUUGCCAAACCAGCUGAGAUACCCAAGUUAGAGAAUAAAAUAAAAAGAUGGAUAAUGGAGGAAGAAAUCCCAAGAACAGCUGUUUUUGACAUGAAGACUAUUCCAGAAAACCAAGAUUCAAUUCCAGAGCAGAGUGUUUCUAGGGAAGAAUCAUCCCAUGGAGUGAUUACGACAAGGCUUAUUGAAAGUGAACAUCUUCCCUUAGAUGUCUGGAAAAGUGAAGAUUGGUCAUAUAGGAACCAGAAAAAACAGGAUAUAAAUUUGUCACCAGAAGCUUUUAUUAAUACAGCAACCUACACUGAGGAAGGAGACUUUGAAUGUAGUGAGAACAAGAAAAGCUUUGAUGUUAACUCAGUUAACUCAAUUUAUGACAUACAACAAGGAAUUCCUAUAAGAAAGGGGUCCCCAAAGUGUGAUAAGUUUGAAACUAACCUUGGAUUUAAUUCAGUAGAUAAGCCACAUUCAGAGUAUGAUGAAUGUGGGAAUGCCUUGAACCUGAGUACAGAUAUUAUUCGACACCAAAAAAGUCAUACUACGAUGAAUUCCUAUGAAUGUUAUCAGUGUGGAAAAGCCUUCAGCAGAAGGUCAUCCCUUACUCGACAUCAGAUAAUUCACACGGGGGAGAAACCCUAUAAGUGCAGUGAAUGUGGGAAAUUCUUCAACCGAUGUACAAACCUUAUUAAGCAUCAAAAAAUUCAUACUAAAGAAAAGUCACUUAAAGACAGUAAAUGUGAAAUAGCCCUCAGGCAGAGCGAAGACAAUGGUAAGAAAAGACUCCAUUCUGGAGAUAAUUUCUAUGAAUGUGUUGACUGUGGAAAGUCCUUUAACCGGAGCUCCUCCCUUAUUCGACAUCAAAUGAUUCAUACAGGAGAUAAACCAUUCAAAUGUAAGGAAUGUAAGCUAUCUUUCAAUAGGAAUUCAAACCUAUGUAGACAUCAAAGACGUCAUACUCAAAAAGUUCUGAAAAAGGAAGUGCAGGAUUACUUUCAGUAAUG